AUGGUCACGCGUACAACAAGCUUGCCGCCACCUUCAGGUGUUGUUAACUACAUGGAUAAUGAUGCACCAACCAUCUCUGCUGAUGAUUCCCCUGAGAUCAAAUCCGAGCAUGUCAGGUACUUCCUACAUCAGUUGGUUCUUGACAGAUGCUCCAAGGAUCUGCUAAAUAACCAAGAUCAAGGUAAAGUUGCGAGAUGCUUGGCUGAUGACCAAUUCGCUAAUGGAUCCACGUGGCACUGCACUGGGCUGAAUAUAAGAUUCAAAGACUGUAGGUUCAUUCAUAGAGCGAGACUUAAUCUUCUUCCUGUAAAUGCCCUUAAAUCUUGUCUUUCGAACACUGAUCCAACGUGCCGCCACUCUGUCCAGCCGGAAACGCUACCACACGUCAUCUGCCACUGCAGACCACACAUGGUACAAAUUAGAUCUAGACAUAAUGCCAUAGUGGACAGACUGACGAACGCUGUUAGAUUUGGAACAGUCACUACAUAUAGAACUAUCGCAAAUUCUGAUCUUAACCUUCGGCCUGACAUUGUCAUUGAAGAGGACAACACGGGAAUAAUUAUAGAUGUAACCUGCCCCUUUGACAACGAUGAAGACGCCCUAUCAGUUGCAGCUCAGAAAAAAAUCAACAAAUACCAACCGCUGAAAGAGUUUGUUCUAUCUACGGGCAAAAAAUGCGAUGUACUACCCUUUGUCGUCGGGGCACUCGGUUCUUGGUAUAAGCAAAAUGAACUUGUGAUGAACAAACUUGGUAUGACUAGAAGAUACAAGUCCUUAUUCCGUAAGCUGUGUUGUACUGAUGCCACACAAGGAUCUAACAACGUUUAUCGCCUACACCUUGGUUGUGACGAUUAUGUACAAGAGGAAAAUUAA